CUUUUACUGAGACUGAACUCUUGCAUAUGAAUCAGUAGAGAGAAAUACAGAGAGAGAGAGAAGAAAGAAUCUCAAGUCUAUGAGAUUGUGAAGCAUUUUGUGGCCGUAAGUUUGUCAGCGAUCUCUCUGAUAUUCAUUCACAGGAAAGGAUAACUCUCUCCACUUCCCAUUUCCAUUUUCCUUCCACUUUUCAAUUCCUCUCUGCUCCAAUCCUCUGUCUCUCCCGCCAUUGAAGACGCUUCACUAUCAACAUACCACCAAUUCCAAGAUAUCAUUCAAUACCCACUUCUUUUGAAUUGGUUGGAUAGUAUAGAAAUACCCAUUCUGAAUCGGAUUUUUUGGGUUUCUUGGCUUCCUCUGUUUCAGCCAUGUCUGCAGUAUUCCACUCGCUUUUGAUUUCCAUCUUCUUUCUUGUUUUUUCUUCCCCUUUUGCUAUUUCUGAGUCCACUGAGCUUUCUACUUUAAUGUCGAUUAAAGCUUCGUUAGACCCACAUAGCACUUUGUUAACGUCAUGGAAUCCGUCUUCAAAUCCAUGUGGUGGGUAUUUUGAGGGAGUUGCUUGUAACGAGCAAGGGAAAGUGGUGAAUAUUUCUCUGCAGGGGAUGGGGCUUUCCGGCAACAUUCCGUCGGCCGUCGCUGGACUUAGAAGUUUGACGGGGUUGUACUUGCAUUUCAAUGCUCUGGUCGGUGAAAUUCCUAAGGAAAUUGCGAGUUUGAAUCAACUGACUGAUUUGUAUCUCAAUGUGAAUCAACUCUCUGGGGAAAUUCCUUUCGAGAUUGGGAAUAUGGCAAAUCUUCAAGUGCUGCAGCUUUGUUACAACAAAUUAACUGGUGGGAUACCAUCACAAGUGGGGAAUAUGAAGGUGCUCAAUGUUCUUGCUCUACAGUAUAAUCAGCUAACGGGAGCAAUUCCUGCAAGUUUAGGGAAUUUGACUGCGCUAACACGAUUAAACUUGAGUAACAACAAGUUUUUCGGUCCGAUUCCCGUGAUAUUAGCCGAUGCUCCUGCUCUUGAAGUGUUUAAUGUCGAGAACAACUCGCUAACCGGUAACGUUCCUCCAGGUUUCAAGAGAUUGAAGGAAAAAUUUAUGUACCUCAACAACCCAAGUCUUUGUGGAGUGGGAUUUCAGGACUUAAAUCCUUGUAGUAAGUUGAAAAGUUUGAAUCCAAGCCGACCCGAACCGUUUCUACCCCAACUACCGGGCAAUGAUCAUUCUGCUAGAGAUAUCCCUGAGUCAGCUAAUUUAGGCUCCAAUUGCAAUGGAGGUAACUGUUCAAGACAAUCGAAAUCUUCACGAGUCGGAGUGGCUCUUGGAGUGAUUGGAGUUUUUGCUGCAUUCUCAGCCAUUGGUCUUGCGACGUUUUCCUGGUAUCGUCGCAAUGAACAUAAAUUUGGAAGUACUUCUAAUGGUAUAAGUAGACGGAUCAUUACUAGCCAAGUCAGGGAGGUUUACAGAAGAAAUGCUUCUCCUCUCAUCAAUCUAGAGUAUUCAAAUGGAUGGGAUCCAUUAGCCAAAGAUCAAGGUGGGAGCGCAUCAUCACGAGAGAUAUUCAAGAGCUUCAUGUUUAAUCUAGAAGACGUGGAGCGUGCAACACAAUGCUUCUCAAAGUCGAACUUAUUAGGCAGGAACAAUUUUUCGGCUCUUUACAAGGGAAAGUUGAGAGAUGGAUCAGUUGUUGCUAUCAAGUGCAUUGGCAAGACAAGCUGCAAAUCUGAUGAAGCUGAAUUUUUGAAGGGCUUGAAGAUACUUAUCUCAAUGAACCAUGAAAAUCUUGUCAAGUUCAGAGGUUUAUGCUGUUCAAAAGACCGAGGAGAGUGCUAUCUGAUCUAUGAUUUCGCCGCAAAUGGAACUUUGAUGCAAUAUCUUGAUGAUAGCAAUGGCAGUGGGAAGGUUCUCGAUUGGUCCACCCGUGUAUCGAUCAUAUGCGGCAUCGCCAAAGGUUUGGGAUAUUUGCACAGAAAGAUCGGAAAGAAACCUGCAUUGAUUCACCAAAACAUAUCAGCUGAUAAAGUGCUCAUUGAUGCAAACUACAACCCCUUGCUCUCAGAUUCUGGGCUUCACAAACUUCUCGCCGAUGACAUUAUCUUCUCGAUGCUAAAAGUCAGUGCUGCUUUAGGAUACCUCCCUCCCGAGUACACGACAACGGGUCGAUUCACCGAGAAGAGCGAUAUCUACGCAUUUGGAAUGAUUGUACUUCAAGUCAUCUCCGGGAAAACAAGCAUCAUGAAGUUGAACUACAACACUAUCGAGUUGCGUCAGUUCGAGGACUUCAUUGACUCUAAGCUUGAAGGAAGAUUCUUAGAAUCAGAGGCAGCCAAACUAGGAAAACUUGCAGUGAUCUGCACUCACGAAUAUCCCGAACUUCGUCCGACGAUUGACGUUGUCGUGGAAGAACUCGAGGAAAUGGGGAAGUUUGGGAUUUCUGUAGAGUCCAUGCCUUAAUUUUCAGAUGAAGGUCCAUAUAGAAGCUAAGCAGAUCGAACACUGACUACUAAUAUAUUAUGGUGUAAAUGAAGGUUUAAAAAUUAUUUUUCAUGCUAUUUUUAAUGUAGAAAAGGUACAAAAAUGGUAUGUAUGUCUAUGUAAAAACCAGGCUGUUUUGUCGAAGAAUAAUGUAAAUUAGAGAAUCUCUUCAUGAAUUUUGUUGCAACCAUAUUCAAAGUUACGAA